UCCAUUCGUGUUCUUUUUCAAUUUAGCGGACAAGGUGAAGAAAUUUACAAAAUAUUGGAUGAAUAUUUUUCGUGCUAUACUUCAUUGACGUGGAAAUUUGAGAAAGUUUUAUCUCGAAGUGUCCAUAAAUACCUUGAUUUCUUAAACAAUCAUUCUCAGCAAUCAUCAACACGAAAAACGAAUGUUUCAAGUCCAAAUUACGAUAAUUCAGUGUUUAACAUGGAGGUUAAUCAAACUUUAUCAGUUCACAACAAUUCUGUCUACUUCGGUAUUUAUAAAUUCACCUGUAAAGAGAUUCAUUUAAUCUCAAAAGGUAUUAAGUUUGUUCAAGUAUCUGCACCAGAAAGACCGAGUUUGGCUAUUACCAUUUCUCCAAUUGAUAUACAAAGAGCCUAUUUCGAUAGAACAGAAUUUUUAACCCUGAUCAUAGAAACCGUUCCAAGUUCGAGUUUCAAAAUAUGCGAAGCUUUACAAAUACAACGGGAUCAAGAAGGAACCAUUCGUGUGGCAGUGCAAUUGAACGGAAAGAAUGAAGAAAUUCGAAAUCUUUUGGAAGAGUAUUUCGCCAUCUUUAAUACUGUCACUUGGAAACUUGAUAGAAAUCUAUCUGUUAGUGCUCAUCAAUACUUCGAUUUAUUAAAUAACUCUUCUCAACAACGACAGCAACAUCAUCCACGUCUUCAUCCACUUUUAAAUCACCUUUCCUCCUAA